AUGAUGGUUCAUUUAUACGAAGUUUGGGAUACGAUUGAUCUAUGGAGUGAUAACGCAAAGAAGAACAAUAUGGCGAUUGCUCUAAUCUUUCAAUCAGUCCCAGAGGCGCUAACACUUCAGAUAGGAGAACAUGAUACAUCGAAGAAGAUUUGGGAAGCUAUCAAAUCACCUAACCUAGGUGUUGAUCGCGUGAGAGAAGCAAGGUUACAGAUUUUGAUGUCUGAGUUCGACAAACUGAAGAUGGCAUACACAGACACGUUGGAUGACUACGCAGGAAAACUUUCAGACUUAGCAUCGAGAGCAGCCGCGUUAGGAGAGAUAACGGAAGAAUCGAAGAUGGUAAAGAAGUUUCUAAAGGGACUUCUAAGAACAAAGUUCAUUAACAUCGUAGCUUUGUUAAAACAAGUGCUGGAUCUAAAUUCAACGGGGUUCGAAGACAUUGUUGGGAGAUUGAAAACUUUCGAAGAACACAUAAAAGAAAAAACCCAAGAUGAAGAUCAAUCGAAGUUAAUGUUUGUAAAGAAUGAUACGCAAGGAGGAGAAGCUUCGGACAAGACCAAGAAGGACUACUCUAAGGUUAAAUGCUGGAGAUGCGACAAGAUGGGGCACUUUGUGCCACAUUGUCCUACACAACCGAGAGAAGGAACAAAUCUAACGGAGACACAAGAGUCAGAUGCAUUAUAUAUGCACGAAGUUGUGUUCCUCAACAAAGAAAGAGUGUUUCCUAAAAGAUUUGACGAGUGUGUUGGAAAUACGAGUAUAUGGUAUCUUGACAAUGGUGCAAGUACCAUAUGA